GUCCCCGCUCCCCCUCAGCCCCGGAACCCCCUCAGCCCCGGAACCGUCAGUCCCCGCUCCCCCUCAGCCCCGGAACCCCCUCAGCCCCGGAACCGUCAGUCCCCGCUCCCCCCUCAGCCCUGGAACCGUCAGUCCCUGCUCCCCCCUCAGCCCCGCUCCCCCCUCAGCCCCGGAACCCCCUCAGCCCCGGAACCGUCAGUCCCCGCUCCCCCCUCAGCCCCGGAACCGUCAGUCCCUGCUCCCCCCUCAGCCCCGGAACCCCCUCAGCCCCGGAACCGUCAGUCCCCGCUCCCCCCUCAGCCCCGGAACCCCCUCAGCCCCGGAACCGUCAGUCCCCGCUCCCCCCUCAGCCCUGCUCCCCCCUCAGUCCUGGACCCCCCUCAGCCCCUGCUCCCUUCACCCCCAUUCCCCCAGUACCGGCUCCGAGCCGCCCUGUUACCCCCGUGCCACCGGAGAGCACGGUGCCCGUCAGCAACCUGCCCUCAGCUUUUCCACUGUCCCUUGCAGUUCUUCCUGCAGGUUCCAAAGCAAAGCUCACACUCGGGCCUGACAAGAAGCGCUGGGCAAUUCUCUCCUCCCUCCAGCCACGUUGAGCAGCUUCAGGCUCAGAGGCCGUUCAGAAGCUCAGGGACCCGAGUAACUCAUGAACCCGAUGGUUUCCCUUUAGGAACUGGCAUUUGAUGCGUUUAUUUCCUUGUGCUUGCAGCACAGGUACAAGGCUGGGCGGUGCAUGUUUGUUUAACAAGUGCUGAGGAGGCAGAAACGCCGAGCUGUCAGUGCUAACCUGUGACCAGCACUAAAGGGUGGGAGAGCCUCCAGGACAGAGUUAGGAAUGUCCCCUGGGCCGAGGAGACACGUGUCCAAGCAGGACACCCCAGAGUGGCAGAGAACCACGCCAUGAUCCCGAGGAUCUGCUUCCAGUGCCAUCGCCUCCAGGCACCAGUUCUGCUUGGGAAUUGGUGAGGGGGAUUGGCAGGUGGCUGGAGCACAGAGCACAGCAGAGCGGAGGUUGUUCGGAAGACCAGAAAAAAGGCAAAAACCCGUGUCUGCGCCGGCAGGGUGGCACUGCCAGCUGCGGGUGACAGAGCUUAACACACCUAGGCCUGCCCAGGUGGUCUCAGCGCUUACAGAGGCCUGGCGGGAUGGCGACACGGCGGCGGGAGCGGGAUCCCGAUCCCGACGGGGCCGGGAUGGCGACGCUCCUUGAGAAGACCGUGAACGGCUGGGUCCUGCAGUUCUACUUCCACCGGGCCAUAGAGGCCUAUCGCUCCGGGCGCAACCGUGAUUUCCGCCAGUUCCGCGACAUCAUGCAGGCGCUGCUCGUGCGGCCCCUGGACAGGGAGCCGGACAUGACCCAGAUGCUCCGCAUCAUGCAGCUGCUGUCGCGGGUGGAGGAGGGCGAGAACCUCGAUUGCACCUUCGACAAGGAGUCAGAGCUGACCCCACUGGAGUCAGCCAUGCUUGUCCUGGACUUCAUCCAUGAGGAGUUCUCUGUGGCCGACAGGACGAUGGAGGCUGUGCAGAAAAUGGUCAAGGAAGCUGCUGUUGUCGUUUGUAUCAGGAACAAGGAGUUUGAAAAAGCUUCUGACAUCGUCAAGAAACACAUGGGGAAGGAGCCCAGAAACCAAAAGAAGAGGAACGAGUGGCUGGCUGUCAUCCGGGAGAAGAAUCCCUCUCACCCAAAGAUCAAAAACUUCUCCUACGAGGACUUCCAGCAGAGCAUCUUUGAGUUCCUCAAGGGCUACAUGGACGACUCGGAGCCCGCGCUGCUGACGUUAUUGAAAAAGACUUUGAAUUCGGAGCACGCCGGCAAAGCAAAAUCCUCGCUGCGGACUUCUGAGUUUGUAGAUGGGCUGAACGACCAGGCAGCAGCUCCAGAGGCCUCAGGAAGGGCAGAGGGCCCAGCCAGAGCUCCAGAGGUCUCAGGAAGGGUGGAGGACCCAGCCAGAGCUCCAGAGCUUGCAGGAGCAACAGAAGACCUGGAGGGAGCUACCUGCCCUGCAAAAAUACUAGCUAGUUCCACAGCAGCUCCAGAGAUUGUGGAAGAAGCCGGUGGCCCUGCAGCAGCUGUGGAACCCAUGGAAGCAGUCACUGACCCAGCAGCAACGCCUGAACACUUAACAGCAGCAUACGAGAUCCCGAAGGGCACUGCAGAGCCUAUGGAAGUAGCUAAAGAACCAGCAGCAGCAGCCCCAGAACUCCCCAGGGUGUCCACCAGGGAAUCACAAAGGCAGCCCCCCGGAGCUGUAACCUCGUGUGGGAUUUCUGUUCUGAGAGAAGCUUUCAAGAUCCUGUCAGACUCCGGGGACCCGGACGCCCUUUUCACCAAACUGGACCAAACAGACUUGCCUUCCCCCAAGCAACUGUCUCCUUCUGUAUCCCACAGAACCAAGAGAUGCAGAGAAGUGGAGAAUCAAGCUUCUGAGACCUCACAACCUCCUGAAAUACCCCAUAACAUCAAAAACUUGUUCAGCAUAAGCAAUCUGGUCAUGGAGUUGGACGGCUCCUCCAGCAAGUCGAGCGAGUGCCCCGACUCUUCCCAGGAGCACGUGGUCUCUUCUGCUUCCAAACCUGCUCCGAAACUGCCCGAUGAGCCCUUGUCUGCCCAGAGUGAGAAGUCCUUCCAAGGAAGGUGGAACAGCUCCUGUGGCACAGAGGAGAAGGACAGUUGGAGUGAUGAGGAUGAGCUCUUCGCAAAUGCAACAUCACUUGAGAAGAACAACCUCUCCAACAACAGCUCCAAGAAACAGAAAUGGACCAUGCAGGAGAGCGAGUGGAUCAAAGAAGGGGUGAAGAAGUACGGGGAAGGGAGGUGGAAAGCCAUUUGCCUGAGGUACCCCUUCAGGAACCGCACGGCAGUGAUGAUCAAGGACCGCUGGCGGACCAUGAAGAAACUGGGAAUGCUCUGAAGUUGGGAGCCAUGGGACUGUAUGGGUUUUGGACCUCUUUUUUUUUUUUUUUUUUUUUAAGCUAGACCAGGGAGUUGUCUGUGCCAGUGGGGGAAGCCCCUCUGACACCAAAACCGUGGCUGGCAGGAACCCAGGAGCCCUGUGCUCCUGCUGUCUCUGCAGAGAUCAGUGUGCUGCACGUGGCAGGGGCUGUUUGCCAUCACUCCCUUGUGGAAAAGGCAGCACUGAGUCCCAACACUUCUGUGGGGAAGAGAUCCAGGCAAGAGGAUCUACUUGCUUUUUUUUUUUCUCCCAUUCAUUUCUGUUUUGUAAAUGACUAAUCUGUGAAGAGAAAUUCCUCCCUUCCAGCUCUGAGGUUUAAAAAUACAAAAUUACUUUGUGUUUCAGUACUUGGAACUGUAUGUUCUUUCUGUGCUAAAAUUUUUAGUUCUGUCUGACUUUUGGUCACGUUUUCUUUGGACUUUUCCUGGUACUAUCCUUGCUGUGUGUGAGCUCCAAGGGUGCCACAUGUUCCUGCCUUCAAGUGCCAAAGCUGGAACAGUCACUUGUAAAAUAAAGUUCCUUUCUUGUUUAAUAUCA